AUGGAGGUGAGCUACGGCCAACUUCAUACUUUACUGGUAGAAAUCGAAGCCAUCGUGAAAUCACGGCCCCUCACUUAUGUGUUUGAAGACGCGCAAUCAUACGAAGUGUUAUGUCCUCAAAAGCUGCUAACUGGAAGACAACCUGGUCCCACAACACAGUCACCCGACUCUACGAAAAUGAGCCGCAACGAGCUUAUCGAACUGGAUAAGCAGAAAAACGAGCAUGUUCUGACAUGGUGGACGCUAUGGCAAGACUCGUACUUGUCCGACCUUAAGCGAUUUUACUGCCGCAAGGGUAAGAGUACGAGAAUUCCACGUGUUGGCGAAGUCGUCUUGUUGAAGAGAGCCGAACAUCAAGCGAGUUUCAUGGCUGACGGCCAUUGUUACUGA